AUGAGUCUGGAUCUCUACCUGGAGUUGGACUUCCUGCUCCACGCCUUAUUUACUCACCUGCACCUGUGGGAACACGCCCACAUCAACACGUGUUUUCAGUUUGAGUCCAAACAGUUCACCGUCCGCUCUGUGACCCGAUCCUCCAGUGAUGACUCUGAAUCUUUGGACCGGUGCAUCCAGACAGCCCUGUCAGCCCUCUACCCCCCUUUCCAGGCCACAUCACCGACUGUCCUCUUUCAGGUCCUCAACGUGGUGGAGACUCGCUACAGAGGCGACGGCCUCCGCUACCUGCUGCACUUCCUGCUUCCUGCGAAGCAGCUCUUACAUCGACUCCAGCAACAUGCCAGUGUGCAGUGUGGUGUAGGCUGGCCUCUGUGUGUCCAGGAGAAAGUAGUCGUUCAGCUCUGCCCUCUGGACCAGCGUCUCCUCCGUCCAGGAGACUUCUACCUGCUGGUUUCUCCUGCUGCUCCUCCUCUUCGACCUCACGGCACCUCCUGUAGGAGCUGCAUCGCCUCCUCCUCUCCCCGCCUGCUCCUGUGCAGCGUGUCGGCCGGCAGCCGUUAUGUGGAGCAGCAGGAGGUGUCAGAGUUAGCCCUACUGUCCCUCUUCAGCAUGGCCUGGCUGGACUCCGUCAACAGGGAGAGGGAGCAGCGAGGAGCGUCCAGGCUGGAGCGCUGCGUCCUCUCUGCCAACGGAGACAUCUUCAGGGUCCCCUGGGAGGACCUGGUCUACCCACAAUUCAUCAGCCGGCCCCUGACCGCCCUGAAGGACGACACGUCACGUGAUCUGUGUAGAGAUAUUAACUCCAGACACGAGGAGCUCCGACCAUCUGCUCCAAAAACUGACCAAUCAGCAGCGAGUAGCGAGGCUGACGACUCAGAGGGGGAGUAUGUGGAGCUGACGGAGCUCCCACUGCCUCGGUUCUCCCCCCAGAAAGGUUCCUUAACCCAGUCCAUCAGCCUGCAGCACCGAGCCAGGACCAGCACACGCUCCCUCACCGAGUUUUGCUCCAAGCUCAUCGGGGAAAACCUCCACCAGGGCUCCUGUGGUCCUGUCAUCCUUACCCCCAUCUCCCCCAACACCCCCACCUCCUCCUCCUGCUCCUCCUCUGCUCCUGCUGAAGUUGUGGGAACCUCCAUCAGUCAGUCGGAGCACCAGGUGUCACAGGAGCAAACAGAAGCGAUGGAUGCAGACUCACUUCGGACUGAACCUGAAGAGUCUGAAGGUGGACAGAGGAGGUCAGAGGAGCAGGAGGAGCUGGAGGAGGAGUGCAGCUGUGAGGAGGUUGGUGGAGGAGGAACUGCAGAGCUUCAGACUGAAGGUCUCAGUGAUGAUGAUCCACCUCCUCCCCAGUCAGAGGUCAGUCCAUCUACUGGUCCCAGUCCAAAAGAACCAGAACAACCAGCACCCCCUCCACAGCUGGAUCAUCCAGCUGUUCCCACAGCCCCAGUACAGUCCUCCCGGUCCUCCCGGUCCAGCUUCUACAGUGUGCUGCUGAGCUCUGGAGCUGUCUGUCUACCUGGUACCAGAGACAAGAGUGGACGAGCUCUGCUGACGGUCUGUACCUGGAGCUCCGUGUGGUCGAACCCCGGCUGUGAGCAGGCCGAGCUGCUCCGCCUCCUGCUCUACUACACCUCAACCCUCAGGAAGGAGAUGCGAGCGUUGGGGCUGACGGUGCUGGUAGAUGCCCGCAGAGUUGCUCCUGUCCCCGCCCUCUUCUCCGCCCUCAGGUCCCUGCAGGAGAACACGCCAGGCUCCGUCCACACUGUGUUACUGCUGGUCAACAAGGACUCGUCUCUACGUCUGGAUAAACCUGCAGCCUCACAGGUGGAGGUGUUGAACUCUCUGAAGUCUGUUCAGAAACACGUGGAGCUGCAGCAGCUUCCUGCAGAGCUCGGAGGAUCCUUCAGCUUCAGGCAGAGCAGCUGGCUCAGCUUCAGAGCGAGAGUGGAGCAGCUGACCAGUCAGUGUGAAGACGUCAUCAGACUGCUGCAGAAGACCAUCAGCAUCCUGCAGACCACACCUCUACCUGCUGCUGCUGAGGAUGCUGAGCUGCUGUUGUCCAGGUACAAGGCGGUGAUGCGUAGCGUCCUCGAGGACAGUCGAUUGGUGCAGUUACAGCAGGAGGGUGGGGCCUGUCUGUCGUGGCUGCGCAGAGAAGAGAGCAGCAUCAGCGUGACGGAGGAGUACAGGGCCCAGGUGGAGGCGGUGUCGUCCCUGUACGAGCAGGUGGACGAGCUGCUGCACCGCCUCGUCACUCUGUCCAACUCCAGGACCCAGGAGCUCACCUUCAUCCUGGACUUCAGGAUCCUGGAGCAGGGCUUCACCGAGGUGAGGUUGUGGCUGGAGGAGGUCGGUGAGGUCCAAUUGAAAACUCUGGAUGAACCUGAGGAUUCUCUGGAGCUUCUCAACAGGAAACAGCAGAAGUUCAAAGACUUCUACACAACUGCAUAUGAUCACUGUAAACGAGGUGAGGCGUUGUUGGCUCGUCUGGAGCGCUGGGUCGACGUGUCGUCAGCUGACCUCCACAGCUACGAGGUCAAAGUUCAUUCUUUCUGGGCGCAGCUGCAGGACUUCUCCCAGAGGGUCAACACCACCGGACAGAACAUCGACCGGGCCGUCAGACUCUACCGCUUCUUAGACCAGGCCUAUGGCUGGGCAUUGGAGGGUAUGCGUCACCUAGCUGGUGUCAGUAUGGAGGAGUGCACGCUGCCGGACAAAUGCCAGGCUGUGAUUGGCUGCCUGGAGGACUACCAGCGCCAGCACCCACCAAUCACAGAUGCCCGUUUCCAGGAGAUGAAGGCGGCGGCAGGCGAGCUGCGGGGUGAGCGAGGCCUCCGUCAGUGGAGCUUUGCCUGGUCCAAGUGUCAGGAGACAAAGAAGAUGUUUGACAGAAAGAUGGAGGCAGCGCUCAGGACACGAGACUCCAGCCACAGGCGCCGCUCUGACUCCACCCACAGCAGAAGCUCUAUCUCCUCCAGGAAGACGCUGUCAGGACUCUGGGGUGUCCGUGAGACGUCAUCCUGCUCCUGGCCCCCAGAGGAGGACACUAACACCUCCUCACCUCCUCGUAGCACAUCCUCCCUGCUCCCCCUCACCUCCUCACCCAUCGCCUUCACCCCUGCUCCCUCCUCUGGCUCCCCCCACACACCCCAGCACACCCCGCUCCUCCAGCGUCUGUUCCGCAGCGUCUCCUCAGAGGAGUCUUCAGACCGGGUGGAUCUCUGCUCCAGUCCCAGCCUCCCCCGCCUGGACUCCUCCUCUUGCUCCUCCUCCUCUUUUUCCUUCUCUUCCAGCAGGCGGCAGCAGCUCAGGAAGACCCAGAGCUUUGACUGUCCCUCCACCCCCGAGGCGGUGCGGUACGGGCCGUGUGCUCGUGCCCUCAGCGAGCCGGUGCGCAGAGGAAACACUGGCGUAUUCAUCCGCGGCCUGGAGGUCAGCAGCACUGAGGCGGCCGACCACACGCUCUGCCCCAGGACGCCUGCUCACGGCUGGAUGGGACAGGGGCUACGCACCCCCGGGACACCCGGCACCCCGAGAACCACUGGCAGCCCUGCAAUAGACCCCCGCCCCAGGGGAAGUAAACUGCGUCACAUUGUGGAGGAGAUGGUGACCACGGAGCGGGAAUACGUCCGCUCUCUGCGAUACAUCAUCCACCACUACUUCCCAGAGAUGGACCGGGUCGACCUGCCCCAGGACCUGAGGGGAAAACGCUCCGUGGUCUUUGGGAACCUGGAGAAACUCCUGGACUUCCACAGUCAGUUCUUCCUCAGGGAGCUGGAGGCCUGCUGGAAACACCCACUCAGAGUGCCUCACUGCUUCCUCAGACAUCAGGAGCAGUUCAGUCUCUACGCUCUCUACAGUAAGAACAAACCAAAGUCUGAUGCUCUGCUGUUGAACCACGGAAACUCCUUCUUCAGGAGGAAGCAGGUGGAGCUGGGAGAUAAGAUGGAUCUGUCGUCCUACCUGCUGAAGCCGGUCCAGAGGAUGAGUAAAUACGCUCUGCUGCUCACCGACCUCAGCAAGGAGGUGGGCGUGGCCCAGGAGGCGGAGCUCGUUGCGCUGCACGCUGCCACCGACAUGGUCAAGUUUCAGCUUCGCCAUGGCAACGACCUGCUGGCAAUGGACGCCAUCAGAGACUGUGAUGUGAACCUGAAGGAGCAGGGUCAGCUGAUCCGUCAGGACGAGUUCACGGUCUGGACUGGGAGAAGGAAAUGUCAGCGUCACAUCUUCCUGUUUGAGGAGCUGAUACUCUUCAGUAAACCCAAGAAGAUGGAGGGAGGGCUGGACGUGUUCAUCUACAAACACUCCUUCAAGACAGCUGACGUGGGUUUGACGGAGUCCACCGGAGACAGCGGGCUGAGGUUCGAGAUCUGGUUCAGGAGGAGGACGUCCAAGAAUCAGACCUUCAUCCUUCAGGCCGCUACGCCAGAUGUGAAACUCACCUGGACGUGUGACAUCGCCCGAAUCCUGUGGACCCAGGCCACCAGGAACAAAGAGAUGCGUCUGAAGGAGAUGGUGUCCAUGGGCGUGGGGAACAAACCGUUCCUAGACAUUCAGCCAAGCGACGCGGCGAUCAGUGACCGAGCCGUUCACUACAUCAUGAAGAGCAGAGGUGCCAGGACAAGGGCGUCCAUCGCCGUCUCCGUCUUUGACCACUCCAACCCUUUUAAACGAGGAGCGGUGACCUCUGACCCCGGGACAUCAGGACCUUCUUCCUCCAGUCUGCUGGGACCGCUCAACCUGCACAUGUACAGCCAACCCCCCCUCCCCUCUCCUGCAGCUGAAGGCUCCUUCAUCACUUCCUGUAUCGAGGAGGACGAGCAGGAGCAUGAGACCAGCAGCCAGCCCUCCAUGACCACAGAGAGCUCGGGCUCGUCGUCUCGCUGUCUCUCCGGAUCCACCGGCUCCGACAGCGGCUGCGUCUCCUCCCACCUCCAGGAGGCGCUGCCCGAGGAGCCCCGCCCCUAUAGCCAGCCCUCCUCCUCCUCCUCCUCCUCCAACAAACAGCACCUCAGCAGCCAGUUCGUGUCAGCUGUGAAUACAGAGACAGAGACAGCAGAGAGUAGAGACUGUGGUGAGACAUUAACUGUGUGUCCCCGUCCUCAGACGUCUGCUCCUCUCAUCGGCCCGGCAACCAUCGUCUGAGACAGCUCACCUGGAGGACGCCACUGUGUGUGUCCUUCCUGCUGCAGUGUGAACCAGAGGACGGAGUCUGGUCAGCUGAUUGUGUCUGAGUUAAAUCAGCUGUUGUUGUUAUUUAUGUGUUUGUGCAGGUUCGGUAGUUUGUUGUGUAAAUAACUGUUGGAGUUUCUGUGUGUAGUUCGACUCCUCACAGCUGCUGCUUGUUUCUGUUAUUGAGCUGGUCCAGGAUCAGCUGGACUCUGUACAUGUGUGUAAAUAAACAGCUGUCACUUUUCUUACUUGAA